AUGAGCCGGGCGCACGACAUCGAUAACGGCGAGCCUGAACCUCUCUUCAGUUUUGACUCUAAUGAAUCGCUUAAGGGCCUCUAUCACAACGAGGCCCCUGCGAGGGUCCCCCAGUCCUCCUCGCGCAUCUCAGACCUCGCGGACAUGCUGUCGGCUUUAAAGACAGCAACCAGUACCGUCGAUCCCGGACCCCUCUCUCCUGGCGACGCAAUGGAGGACGUCUAUCCUGCCGACUCCAAGGGCAAGGGUGUGUCCCAACCUUUGCAGAUCCAAUCGCGGAAUGCCUUCGAGGAUCUACGGGCUGAUGAUCAGGAGGAAGACCUGUUCUCGAUGUCCUUUGGUACGGCGGCUUCAUCCGGUAUGCGUGAGCUUGUAGGAUCCCCCGCAUCUUCAUCCACUCCUUCUACUGCUAGCAGUUCUUCCCCUCGCUCUCCGCUGAAUGCACAGGAGAUCCUUGAGGAGACAGACAUGCCCUCAGGAGGCAAAGGCAAGGGCCGAGACGUACCGCCUACCCUGCCCCCGCUUUCCUUUGGCACAACCGAGCUCAACUACGAGAGCUCAGAUUGGCCUACUUUUUCUUCAUCUAUCCCGGGGCCCUCCUCGUUCAGCUCGAGCUAUGGAUCAGUCGGCGAUCAGGAGCCGAGUCUGGGCACCCCUACCUCCGUCGCCGGCCCCUCCAGCCCGCCUGCAGACAUACUUGAGGCGGGCACCGUCCUCGUCCGCAUCCCCUCGCGCCGCCACUCGCUCUCGAGCCUCUCCACGCAUUCGAAGCGCUCGUCCUCCGCACUGUCCGUUACGAAGUCCAAGGUGAAGUCGUCUUCGGGCACGAAGCUCCCGGGCAACUUAGCGCGGAAACUCCUCGGAAAGCAGCGGGACAGCCCGUCAGGCAGCCCAACGUCCCCGACGAGGGAUGUCGUCCUCGAGCCUGAGGAGCCUGCGUCGGCCGACCGCCUGAACUGUCUCGCUCCGUGGACGUACAAUGUCACACCGCGGAUCAGCCCGCUGGCUACCCCGGCCCUUGAGAUGGAGCUGGGCUUUGGAGAGUUCGACAAGUCCUUCCCGAUUUACUACUCAAAUGGCUCGUCGAGUCGCACUGUCUUGCGCACGAAGGGACGCUCCUAUUCGUCCCCGCUGCCGUUCCCGGCUACCCCACUUGACCUUGUGCCUGUCGCUGCCGACAUCUUCGAGCCCAUCCCGCAGCCCACUCUCAAUUACUUCGAUGAGUCACUUCCGACGGAGUUGAAGUUCCGCAUAUUCGUCUCGCUUGUUGACAUCCAUGAGGCUGAACACCGGAAGCUUGUCGAUGACGGUUCCUGGACGCUUCGCAAGGCAACUUCGGCGAAGAACAAAUGGGUCGGUCGAGAUCGCGGCAUCCGGGAACUGUUCAAGCUGAGCAGGGUAUCGAAGGCGUGGCAAAGCCUCGUACUCGACGGGCAAUUCUGGGUGAAGCUGGAUCUUCACUCCUUCCCGAACAUCCCGCCGCCGGCUCUCGAGCGGCUUGCGAAGGUCGCAGGCGCGUUUGUCAGGCACUUGGACCUCCGAGGGCAUUUAGAUUUAGAGUCGUUGACGCUGCAGGAGAUCACAAGUCACCUCUGCACGGAGUUUCAGCCGGGAGGAAGCAUCCCGCACACGCAUCUAACGACGAUCAACCUGCAAGGCUGCUCGCUGCUCCAGACGCAGGGUCUCCACCAUCUCCUCGUCCGCUCACCAGCGCUGCGCGAACUGGGCGUCCGGGGCCUCAAUGCAGUGACAGACACGACAUGCAGUAUCAUAUCAUCGUACUGUCGCAAGAUCACGUCGCUCGACAUGUCCCGCUGCCCCAAUGUGACUGGCGGCGGGAUUUACACCCUGGCAAGCGCGGCGCUAGCCCGCGACGAGCACCUCUCGCUCAAGGAGCUGCACCUUUCUGGGCUGAAGUACGUUUCCGACGGACUCAUGGAGGCCCUCGGCAAGGCCGCCCCGGAACUGGAAGUGCUCGACCUCAGCUACUGCCGCACACUCCAUAACUCCUCCGUAGAGGCCUUCGUAUCGUGCUCCGAGGCGGAUAGCGGCGCAUUCGAGACGGUGCAGCUGACGUCGCGCCAGGCGGGGCGCGAACCAACGGACUCGACGCGUUACUGGCGGCGCGUCACCCGCCUGCGACACCUGAACCUGACGGCGUGCAUCAUGCUCACGGAUCACGCAUGCUCGCACCUCGCGCAUGCGGUGCCGAAGCUGGAGCUGCUCGAGAUGGCAGGGAUCGGCACGGAGCUGCGCGACGACGGGUUGGUCCGCCUUUUAGAGACGACGCCGAUGAUACGCAAGCUGGAUUUAGAGGAUGCCUGCCAGAUCACGGACGACGUGCUCAUGACGAUCACGCCGGAACCCGCUACAGACGCGCCCGCACCGCGCUAUCCCCCGCCUCCCCAGCCCGGGCACGCCCUGGAGCACCUCAUCAUCUCCUACGCGACGGAGGUCACGAAGGAGGCCCUGCGCGACCUCGUCGAGAACUGCACGCGCCUGCACGCGCUCGAGGUGGACAAUACCCGCGUCUCGGAGGCCGUCAUGCGGGACUUCGUGCGGCUGUCGCGCGAGCGCAAGAUGGCCGACGCGCAGGUCGUCGCAGUGGACUGCCGUGGGGUCGGCGAGCGCUGCGUGCGCGACCUCGCGCCACAGACACGGCCGCGCAUCGGCUGGCGGGCGUACGACGCGCGCAAGCUCGGUUUCCUGGAUGCGCGGGACGAGGAGGGGCUAGGGGUGGGCCUGGACGAGCUGGACGAGCGUCGCGUGGCGCUGAAGACGUUCUUCUCGUGGCAGACAGUGGACGCUGUCAGGGCGGCGCGCGAGAAGAAGCGCAAGUCCACGAGACGCGGGCUGAACACUUCUUCGAGCAGCACUGAGGGGCCGUCUGGCGGUCGCGCGCGGUGGUGGUCGCCCAGCGGGCGGCGCUCGGGCGGAACGUCGCCCAACCUAUCGGACUUUGGCCAGGAGAGAGACGGAUGUACGAUUAUGUGA